AUGGAAGACGAACAGAAUGCCGCACUUCAUUUGGACGGUCUCGCUCUCGGCAACGUCCUUCGUGAUCUAGGUAUUGAUGAACAGCACCAGUCCGACCUCGAACGUCUUGGUAUCGCUUCCGCCGGCGGCAGGAUCAAACAGGAGGACAUCUACAACGACCGCUUUGCAGAUGAUGGCGACGACCUUGGAGAUGCAUACCGACAAAACGGCCCCUCAUCGAAGGAUUGGGAGGCAGAGGUUGACGAUGAGAUGAGGAGAGAGCUCGCCGAUGAGCGUGACUCGCAGGAGAGGCAAGAGCUGGACAGAUACUACCGUCAAGGACUGGCGCAGCUCGAACAGCCAAGAGCUCCGCUUCGAGGUGAAGAUGACGACUUUGAUGAUGACGAUAGCGACGAUGAGGUUCCAUUGUCUCAACAGCAGCCCCGCCAGCAACCGGCUUCCCAGCCCAAUGGGCAUUCGACUCAAGCCAACGGCUUUGCUAAGUUUGGCGAAGGCAUGAUUAGGGUCAAAGAGGAAAGAGACGAUGAUAGUGACAUGGCUUUCCUGUCUGGGCCCAUGUUAUCAUCUUCGACGGCAGCAGCAUCGUCCACAACACCGCUCGUGCUACCGACAUCUCACAGCCCAAGGCAGGACUCGCCUCAAACACCGCCAUCACACCAACCAUACUUACACACAGGGCCACCUGCGCGCCCAUAUGUUGACACGGAAGAGGUGCGUCAACAUUUCCCCGACUUUGAGCCUGGCAAGAUCCUCAACUUCACUGAGCUGUUUGCGACACGUCCGCCAAAGAAGCGCAAGCUUGGUCCGGCAGCCGCCAAGUUUCACAUCACACCUGAAGAUGAGCUGCCCGUACCGAAGUCGACACGCGAGGAGUUGCUCUCAUCGUCAUUACAACAUCCUUACCACGCGAAUAUCCUUUCAAACCUCACUCGUGAUUUGGACGCAUCAGUAGCAGAUUCUACUCGAGAAGACGAAGCCGACGACCUCGACAUAGCUGUCAUCACGACGCCGGGUGUCAAGGCGGAAGCACGCAGAGCUACUCUCGCGCCGGUCGAGCUGGAUGAUUGGGAAGAAAGGAUCGUCUGGAACACACUCGGACGUGGUAAUUAUGACGUGCAGGUCGACAAUGACGACAAGACGGACAACUUGGCACAAGAGCAUGCAGCUACAUUGGCGCCACCCAAGGUAGACCAGCCUUUCAAUCACGACCUCUUCCGCGGCGCAUGGACUCGCAGCAUCAUCUGGGACGCAACAACACCCUUUGAGGCUUUCGAUAAGCUCGUGCUUGACAUGAAUGACCCGCAAAUGAUGCUUGAAGAGGAUCUCAGUCCAAAGUCAAAGCAGAACUCACUGCUCCGUUCCGAUGCACCCGUCGUCUCGGCAGCUGCCCAACGCGAUCUUGCGCGCCGACAGGCCGAGCAAGAUCCCUUCAACCUAUCCAACGACAAAUUCUACGAGCAGACACGUGAGCAUCGUCAACGUGUGCGUCAGACUCUCGGCAAGCUCGUUGUUCAGCAUGCUUGGCCUGCCAUCAAACUGCAGCUUCCAUGGUACAAGACCAAGCUCACCAAAAACGAAGCCCGGUCUUGGCAUCGUCCCGCCAUGCAAUUCCCGACCAACAUGCCUCUUCACUUCUCCAAGACUAUCUCGUCCAAGAAGAAGAAGGAAGGUGCGGGCGCACGAAAGGCCAAGGACCCCAACGAGAUGCUCCGCACCACUCGUGACCUCACACUGAAAGACACCGGUCCGUAUGUGCUGUACGAAUACUCAGAAGAGUACCCACCGCUGCUGUCCAAGAUCGGUAUGGGCAGCCUGCUCGUCAACUAUUACAGGAAGAAGGAUGCCAAGGACGAGCAUGUACCGAAGAUGGACAUUGGUGAGUCUUACUUGCUCGACGUCGCGGACGAGUCACCUUUCAUGAAGUUUGGUAAUAUCGAGCGAGGUCAGGUGCAGCCGACACUGUACAACAACAUGAUCCGCGCACCUCUCUUCCGACACAAGUCUGCGCAUACCGACUUCCUACUCAUUCGCAGCACGACCAAGAACGAGAUCCGCUACUACCUUCGCGAAAUUCGAAACUUGUUCGUGGUCGGUCAGACCUAUCCUGUUCAGCCAAUCCCCGGUCCACAUGCACGUCUCAUCACCAACAACAUCAAGUACCGCCUGCAGAUGAUCGCAUAUAAACUCAUCCAGAAGAGUCAGCGACAGCGUAUCAAGAUUCAUCGUCUCAUGCGCUACUUCCCUGACCAGAAUGAGCUGCAGAUGCGACAGAGGCUCAAGGAGUUCAUGGAGUACAACCGAAAGGCAGGUGAUGUCAACCAGGGUUUCUGGAAGCUCAAACCGCACAUUGUCGUGCCGGAAGAGGCUGAGCUGCUCAAGAUGCUUCCCCCUGAAAACAUUUGUCUCGCAGAGAGCAUGCAGGUGGGUCAGCGACACUUGCUCGACUGCGGUUACACAAAUACUGCUGAGGGUGAUGACGACGAUGAAAGCAAGAUGGAUAUCGAACAACUGCUUGCACCAUGGAUCACCAGCAAAAACUUCAUCAACGCGACACAGGGCAAGGCCAUGCUUAAGCUGCAUGGUGACGGUGACCCGACAGGUCGUGGCGAGGCGUUCAGUUUCAUUCGUGUCUCAAUGAAGGAGAUCUUCUUGCGAGCGGGUGAGGAUGCAGAGGAGAGGCUUGCUCAAGCAGAGGCUGAGGCCAAAAGCAAGUCUGGCCACAAGUAUAGCGUUGCUGAACAGCAGGCUGUCUACCGCUCUGAAAUCGACCGUAUCUGGAAGGCGCAGUGUCGUUCGCUAUCCAAUCCUGUACCACCGAAGGUGACUGCCGAAGAUGAGCGAAGGGCGCUCCUUGCAGAGAACGGUGGCAAGCCGGAGGCGCGCAAUGGCGGCCGAGGCGAAUCUGUCCGUCGAGACCGUAGUCCCGGUGCUAUGAGCACUGUCAAUGGUGACGGUGGCGACAAGUCAACAAAGGUCCUAUGUAUCCGACGAUUUGUCAAUGGCAAGUGGCAGCGCGAGAUGGUCCGCGAUCCCGCCGUCAUCAACGCCUACCUCACGCAGCGCAAGAAGAUCGAAGACGAAGCCAUCGCUACCGAAGAUCUCUUGCCGACAGGUGAUGCCGCCAUCGACAUGGCCCGUAUGAAGCGACUCCAAGAAGAGCUUGCUCAGCGUAAGAAGAACCAAGAACGUCGUAUUCAGCGAAAGAACGCCAAAGCCGCGGCCGAAGGUCUUGCCAUUCCAGGUGGAUACAAGAGUCUGCUCAACAAGACCGACACCAAGCGAAGGUGUGGUCGUUGCGGAGAGGUUGGUCAUAUGUCGACCAACACCUCUUGUCCCAUGUUCCCAAAGGACGGCGGAAAGAACGGUGCUGGCGGAGCUGCGGGCGGAAGCAAUGCACCGGGUACGCCGGCGGGAGGCGCGAGGCCGGGUAUGCCACAUUUGGCGAGUGGAGGCGGAUUCUUUGGUCCGGGCAUGGGCAUGGGUAUCGGUAUUGGCAGUGCAGGGCCGAUGACACCAAUGACUCCUGCGGCACAGACGCCGGGAGAUUCGCCAGCUCCAUCGCAGAGCCCAGCGCCUGGUACGGGCACGCCAACGCCUGCUGGCGGUGGAGGACUGAAGUUGAAGCUCAAGAAGAAGGUGUGA